GACUUGACAUUUCUAUAUGAAACAAGCCAGUCAUUUAGCGAAUUUGCGUUGUGUUUCGCCGGAGUCUUUUUUAUUUAAUAAUAUACACAGAAAUAAAUAUGGUGAAUGGUAUGGAUUGGAUGGAUAAAGCUGUUAGCACCGGUACUACCAUUAUGGCAGUCGAAUUCGAAGGUGGAGUUGUUAUUGGUGCUGACUCGCGUACAAGUUCAGGCUCAUAUGUAGCAAACAGAGUCACUGAUAAGCUGACUCGAAUCAGUGAUAAAAUAUACUGUUGCCGAAGUGGAUCCGCUGCUGAUACACAAGCAAUUGCUGAUAUUGUUGCAUACGCAUUGGAAUAUCAAGAAAACCAAACAGAUCAGCCACCAUUGGUUUCAGAUGCCGCUCAUGAAUUUCGUAAUUAUUGUUAUAAUUAUCGUUCAUCAUUGGUAGCGGGAAUAAUAGUUGCUGGCUGGGAUGUUCAUAAGGGCGGACAAGUAUUUACUAUACCAUUAGGUGGCAUGGUUAAACGUGAACCAGUUGCAAUUGGUGGUUCUGGCUCUGGUUAUAUAUAUGGGUUUAUAAAGGAAUUAUAUCAUCCUGGCAUGAGCAAAGAGGAAUGUGUUGAACUCGUUAAAAAAGCUGUUCGUCAUGCUCAGACAUUUGAUGGAAGCUCCGGAGGUGUUGUAAGAAUUGGUAUUGUUACUGCCAAUGGACUUGAACGUAGAACUUUCUUUAGCACUCCAAGUGGUGAAGGUGUAGCAACUGAUAAAACUGCCGGUGUAGAACAUUUGCUAUUUUAAAAUUUCAAAGUGUAUCUAAUUGAGCCUUGAAGGAUCUUUUUAAAAAUUUAUAAUAAAAUGGUUAGUUUAUACGAAAAUAA